AUGUUAAAGUUCCUGCGAUUUGCAAGCCCAAAUGAGCGCCGUACCAUCAGCCGCGAAAACCUCGGUUUCUACCAUGCACUCACUAUAGCAGCAAUAUACGAAUAUAAGAACGGAAACAUAGAUCUCAGUUCAACUUCGACAUUCUUCCCGCCCUUGAAACACUGCAUCGAAGAGCACCCUUAUCUGAGCGUAGUCGUCAAAGACAGCCACACCGAAAAGCCAGUCUAUGAAGGCGUUCCGACUAUCAAUCUCGAUGAACAUGUAUCCAUCAUACACAAUGCCAUCCACAGCGACCCAAACAGCACCGAAGAAACAGAAACUAUCCAAAAGACCCUAGCGUCAGCCCUCGACAGACCAUGGCCCAAUGAAAUCCCACCCUGGCAAAUCAUCGUGCUCCCACUAUCAUCAGCGCACGAUUCCACCACGAAGCGCUGCUUCAUCGCAUUCUCAUUCUCGCAUACCCUCGGAGACGGAAUGGUCGGAACCGCAUUCCAUCGCACGUUCCUAGAGGCAUGGCGCCAGCCUGAGAACCCACACGACAACACAUCCAUUGUAGCAAUGAACCCAUCCAACCAGACCAUACCCGAACCAUUCGACACACCAGCACGACUCCCAAUAUCAUGGAAAUACCUCCUCGGCCCCCUGGUAGCAGUCUACCUCCCCAAAUUCCUUGCUGAGUUUCUCGGUUUCCGCGCCGGAGCUAGCACAGUCGAUGCUGGUACCUGGACCGGCUCGCGUACCUUCGAGCCCGUUCCUGCCCCAGGCUUGAAUAGCAGAGUGAGGAUCCUCGAGAUCGAGGCCUCGCUCGUUCAGAAGGCCCUGGUUGCUUCGAGAGUGCAUGAUUCUAAGCUUACGGCUACUUUACAUCAGUUUAUUGUUCGGGCUUUGAGCAAGGCUAUUCUGAGCACUGAUGUGACGAAUUUUGUGUCGGGGACGCCGGUUGAUAUGCGUUCUUCUAUUGGUGUACCUGCUUUGACCUGGGGUCUCUAUGUGUCUGGGUACUAUGAGGUGCAUCCUCGGUUGACCAGUUCGGGUAGCGAUAUCCGGGAAUCUGGGUUAUCGGAUGAGAUGUGGUUGGCUGCAAGCUCGAUGACGAAAAAGCUUGCUGAAUGUGGUACCCGGCUGCAGGAUCAGGCGAUUGGGCUGUUGAGAUAUGCUCCUAGUAUUCGGGGUUGGAUGUUGGGGAAGAUUGGCCUGCAGCGGGAUUCGUCCUACGAGUUGAGUAAUCUGCUUGCUUUUGAUGGUGGCGUUGGUGACGAUUGCAAGAUUAGCAAGAUGGUUUUCUCGCAGCCUGGAAAUUGUCUCAGUGCACCGCUUGUGUUUAAUGUCAUUAGUGUUAAAGGGGGUAGCUUAGUUUGUACGAUCAGUUGGCAGGUUGGGGCUUUGGAUGUGUCUGCGGAAGAAGAGAUGCCAUUGGUUGAUGGGAUUUGUUCUUCGAUCCGAGCCGACUUUGAGGCGUUGAGAGAUUGA